AUGGUUAACAAGGCAAAGAAAGUGGCCAACGUCACCUCAACGGUAGUUGAGGGGACCCGGAGCUACCUUGGUUUUCUAGCAGUCCGGCUGGUUGGGCCAAAGGAGACUCUGCUAACUCAUGCUCUGCUGGAUAGUGGAUCUUAUACCACCCUAAUAAUGGCAGGCGUGGCGAAGCAACUUGGGAUAGAAAGAGAAGCGGCGCGCGUAGAAGUACCAUGGCUAAAUGGCCCCGAUAUCAAGGAUACCAUGACCGUCAGCUUUAUCAUGCAGCCGUUGCACGACGAUGUGGACUACAAUAUCUGCGAGUUUCUGACGAACCCAGCCUACCGAAUUUCUAUCGGAGAGCUAGAAGAAUUUACUGCUAAUGGAGAUUCUUGGAACCAAUAUGUGGAAUGGGUGAAUUUUUACUUUCUUGCUAACCAGAUUACCGACCACCAGCGGCAAAUUUACAUACUUCUUGCGAUUUGUAUCUGGGCAACAUGCAGUUUGAUUCGCUUCGAAUUUUCCAAAUAUGAAUAUUUUGACGACCUUGUGUCUGUCAUUUCCGAGCACUACAAUCCUAAAACUUAUGUUAUCGUCCGGCGAUUCAACUUCAAUACACGAGUGCAAAAGGAAGGAAAAUCCAUUGCGGAUUUUGUAUCGGAAUUACAGCUCCUUACAGAGCACUGUUCCUAUGCAAAUAUUCGAGAUGAUAUACUAAGAGAUCGCUUAGUACUUGGUAUGAGAAACGGUUGCAGACAACAGUGUUCACUUGUUGAUAGUAAGUCAAAUUUGGAACCGGCUUACAUUACUGCGGUGGCAUUGAAAGCAGCAGAAAAUAACUCAACCUUGUUACAAUCUGUGCAGUCUACCGUGACGUCAGAGUUGAUGGAUUCAUCGUCUCAGGCGAAUCGAUUACAGCAAUCGCCGAACAGAACACAGUUUGCGUGUAAUCGUUUUGGAGGCCGUCACACUCAUCCGAAGGAUUGCCGACGCACAGAAACUACUUGCAAUCGCCGUGAAAAAAGUGGCCACCUCACGAAAGUGUGCCGCUCAGCACCGGCGUUUGAAACUAACCCUGCUAUUACGAAUCAAGUUACAAGGUCAGAAACCACGGAAUACAUCUUUGAUGCAGCUGCUUCCAUCAACCGCGUUCAACCGCCGUAG